AAAGCAGUUGAGUGAUCAUCCGUCUUCCCAUUCUCAUCCACACUCCAUCUUUAUGAUCAAUCUCUCUACCCCCCAAAUUUCUAGCAAACAUGCUCUGAAAAAACACCACUUCAGAUAAGAAAUCACUAAACUAUAUAGAUGAUCAAUUUUCUUGAUUAAGAUGUCUGUAAACUAUGACAACUGGGAGAGGCUGGUUGGAGCAGUCUUGCGGCGGGAGGGAGACAGGGAAAUAGCCUUGGCCGAUUCCAGGGAUCCCAGCAUCAUCAGCAGCAGCAGCAGAACUAGCUCCGCCUCCGCCGAUUCCAGGGAUCCCAGCAUCAUCAUCAUCAUCAGCAGAACUAGCUCCGCCUCCGCGUUUUCUACUUCAGAUCUAAGCAGUUUUACCUCCUAUAUUUCUCAGUUUGAUCAUACCCCAAGUGGUAUUCGAUUACCUAUGGACUACACCGACCUAAAGCUCGAUCACCACGAAUGGAAGACGAUGCUGCCGCCAGAUAAACCUGAAGCAGUAUGGACAUCGGCCUCUCUGAGCUUUUCUCUUGAUCCAGGGACGGGAAAGAACUGUUUCAUGCUGGGAGCAACAAAACUUGUAGUAUUCUUACCUGAUAGUUGGGAAAUCAGAUCUCACCCAAAAUCAAGAAUGUGCAGAUUCGAGGAGGUGGUUGUGCCAAGAGACUCGUGGGGGUUUGACAUCCGAGGCAGAAUACAUACACGAAUGCUUUCUCCAGAAACUUUUUAUGAAGUAUAUCUUGUGUAUGAAUUAGCUGAUAAGGGCACAGAAAUGGACAAUUUUGCCCGUGCAAGAAUUACAAAUCUUUUUCGUGGACGUGCAUUAGACAUCUAUCAUCCUAGAAGUCAAGAAAAGAUGGUGCGCUUAUUUCAACCAAGUAGUGGAAGAGACGAUGGGUGGAUGGAAAUACAACUUGGAUGUUUCUAUGUUGGUUAUGCCCUCCGCGGAGAGGUGGAGGUGCAGUUGUCGGAUAUAAACUAUAGAAUGAACAUUAUUGUUGAAGGUAUUGAGUUUCGACCUAUGAAGGCCAAGAAAACUUUUGGAUUUUUUCAAUAUAAUGAAUACCGUUUUCCAUACCGUAUCAAAUGGUUUCACGCGGCAGUAUCUGAAAGCAUAACUGUCAGGGGCAUUUUUGACUUUUUGCUCGUCGAGGGCUACUACCCUUAUAGAGAUAUCAACGUUGAUCAGGGCAGCCAAGGAGUGGUGGAGGCGCGGUUUCUGGAGAGGAAUGGCUACGGAAUGGAGGGCCUCGUUAUUGAAGUAAUUUUCUUGAUUGAGAUGGCUAUGAACUAUGACAACUGGGAGAGGCUGGUUGGAGCAGUCUUGCGGCGGGAGGGAGACAGGGAAAUUGCCUUGGCCGAUUCCAGGGAUCCCAGCAUCAGCGGCAGCAGAACUAGCUCCGCCUUCGCGCCCUCUACUUCAGAUCUAAGCAGUUCUGCCUCCUAUAUUUCUCGAUUUGAUCAUACCCCCAAUCUUACUCGAUUACCUAUGGACUAUACGGACCUAACGCUCGAUCACCACGAAUGGAAGACGAUGCUGCCGCCUGAUAAACAUGAAGCAGUAUGGAGAUCGGCCGCCCUGAGCUUCUCCCUUGAUCCAGAUACAGGAAAGAACUGUUUCACUCUGGGAGUUGCAAAACUUGUAUUCGUACCUGAAGGUUGGGAAAUGAAAUCUCACCCCAAAUCAAGAAUGUGCAGAUUCAAGGAGGUGGCUGUGCCAAGAUACUCGUGGGGGCUUGAUAUCCGAGGCAGAAUUACAACACAAAUGCUUACUCCAGAGACUCUUUAUGAAGCGUAUCUUGUAUUUGAACUAGCUGAUAAAAACACAAAAAUAGAAUAUUUUGCACAGGCAAGAGUUAGAAAUUUUUUCCGUGGGCGUGAACUAGAUAUCGAUCGUCCCGGAAGGCAAGAAAAGAUGGUGAGCUUUCAACCAAGCAGUGGAAGAGACGACGGGUGGAUGGAAAUACAACUUGGAUGUUUCUAUGUUGAUCAUGGCCUCAAAGGAGAGGUGGAGGCGCGGUUAUUGGAUACAAACUAUAGAAUGGACAUCAUUGUUGAAGGUAUUGAGUUUCGCCCUAUGAAGGCCAAGAAAAGCACAAAGCCAAAGGGAUUCUUUCAAACUUUUGGAUUUCGUCAACAUAAUUAACACGGGCAAAUUGCACGCAGGCCUCCUGUGGUAGAUAUAUUAGGCAAAAGGCUCCUUUCUGGAGAAAGCAAUAUUCAAUUAAUCCUUUAAAAUUCAAUAUUUUGACAUUGUUACUAUUAUAGCUUUAAGGUCAGUAAUUAAUUUUAGCGACUUUAAUUCACGUAACUUCAUAUGUAUAUAUGUUGUUAACUUUUUACGAAUGUUUUUGUUACUCUGCAUUCUAAUAUGCAAUUUUGAUUCUAUUGGUUGUUUGAUACA